GCGACAAUAGCGCCGAGACGCCCAACAAGGAGAGAAAGCCUCGGCCGGCACCCAAGCACCAGCCGAAGCAAUCGUCGCACGGCCAGAAGAGCAAGCUGACGGCGAAGGCCGCUAGCCCCGACCGCAGUACCGCGCCAGCAGCGCAACCCGCCGCGAAGCCCACCGAGCAGGUCGCCGGUGAGGCCCCCGCCGAGUCUCCGGCCUCGAAGAAGCGGUCUCAGUACGUGAAGAAGGCGGUGCAGCCGGAGACGAAGCGGGGCCAGCAGAGACCCAAGAGGGAGAAGCAGGGCGCCAAAUCGAACGAGCGGAAGGGGCCGUCGAACGCCGCCGAGGCGCGGAAGCCGGAGCCGGCGGCCAAGCGCCAGUCUCAGCGCGCUGCGGCUACUGCCGCCGCCGAGAAGGCUGCGGUCAAGGCGAGGCCCAAACAGGCGCGGCAGGUGUACGUGGUGAAGACGCCCGCGCCGGCGCCAGCCAGCGCGACGUCCAGCGCCGCGUGAGUAGAGGCAGGUAGUAGUGAACAAUGAGCUGUGUGCCAUGCGUUGCCAUCUCGUCAAGUUGAAGUUGCCUUCAACGCGGAGGUCGGACAAAUAUCCUCCUCGCGCAACUCUCGGUGCUUGCUUGGGUGGACACGGCGGCGGCGGCGCCGGCUCUUGCUGUCCGCUUGAAGCGGGCGGGUGUAUGGCGCACGCACACCGAGACGCGGCGUCGUUACGAAAGAAAGGGCACCAAAGGGGAAGAAAAUUAUCUGUACUAAAACAGUCCUAAACGUCCUAAAAUAUCCUAAAAAUCAGCGUAAUUUACCGAAAUAGAUUGCACUGUAUGUCCUAAAAAGUUUCUAAAGGGCGUAAUUUAAUACCGUCCAAAAGAAAUCAACCGGUUUUUACAGAUUAUUUACGUUAGGACAUGUCCUAAAACCUUGGCACUAGCACUAAGGUUUUUUUUUCGUAGCGACUCGCACACGUUCACCAAAGACAAAUGCGAGGGCCAGCGCGAGCCUCACUUGGUGCAUUUACCUAUCGCCAACAUCCGCUGAUUAGGCGGGGGCGUGUCUGUGCGAGCGAGCGAACGCGAGCGCUGCAAUCCGAUAUUUUUUUUCCUUGACACCGGCCUGGCCGAGACGAGGACUUAGCGUGAAGCACGAGGGGGUGGGUCAGGCCGCGCAGCGGCGCUCCCGAGCGAAGCGAGAGCCCCCACCCCCACCCCCCGAAGUGCCGUCCACAGGCGAGGGCCAACGCGAGAGUGUCCUGCCCACCUCAACAUCAAGUUAGUCUAGAUAGAUGUGCUUUGCACGAACUUUGGCAUGCGAUUAAGGGCUCUAAACCAACGAGCAAAUCCUUCCCGGUGAUCAUAUCUCGCAGCCUAACUCUAAGUUAAAGUUAAGCUAAUCAACCGCCAGUACCAAGCACAACGCAGAGCAAGAACGGAGCGGUUGCCACUGCAAGAAUAAAUCGGUUGUCGCUGCAAGAAAACAAACUGAUAAGGUCCCCGAUAGAAUGGUGCCAACUCCUUGUAUAAAAGUAAGCACCGAUUUCGGCGGGGACGUUUUCUUCUUCGCUCUCUUCGUCGUGGCCUUGCGCGUUAAACCAAGCUCGAAUUUCAGAGCACGGCAUAUAGUAGCAGUAGAGAAUUUCUACUAGAAAUGUUUGGAUGUGCAGGAAACGCUGACUUUAAAGCUGCUUGCAGCUCCUCGAUAUAAAAACAGGGAUGUUCUUCAAUAUUGUAGACGUAGUUUAGUACGAUAGAUCGCCAACGCAUGUCAAUCAUCGACUAGAAAGCAAUUAGACAAAGCGAGCGAGUUAGAAUUAGAAUGUCAGGGCCGUAGUAUUGUCGGAUUUACUUUAUAUUUACUUUAACUCCAGCCAUUCAACGAAAGUGAGCAUAACUCAACGUUAACUCGUUGUCUUAGCAGCUAUUCUAUCUUAAAUCGACGAGUUAGCCUCCUAACUCAAUGAUGGGCUAAUCACCGUGAUUUGCUAAAACAACGAAUUACGUCGUUGUUUAGACAGAAAGCAUGCAAGGCACAAUACAAUAAAACGUAAAUCCCUGGGGAGUGUCCUAACUGUCCUAAAGUGUGUCCUAAUUAGAACAACUAGGACUGUUAGGACAGCUAUCUUAAAUUACCGCUACCAUUGUUUAUGGAAGUAUCAUUUCGGUUUUCUUAGGACAGUUUAGGACAUUUAGGAUCGUUUUAGUUCAUAUACAAGCUCAUCCUGGGGGUGUCCGCACACUUGUUCGAUGCGACGACUAGCUCAAUCCAACACGGCCUGGACUCCCACACACGAUGACUGCUCGCCUCGGCGCGAUCGCUGCCGGCCACAGCGUUGCCGCUGCUGCCGCCAGCUCCGAGCGGGAUAUCAGGGCGCUGACUACGGGGAUGAGGUCGGUCGCCGCGAACAAGACCGAGCGUGUUGCCGCCAUCCGCGGCCCGGCUUGAGAGGCAUUCGGCAAGGCGUGCUUGCAGCUGGCCGCUAUCGGGUACUACUAGCUAGCUGCAGGGCGCGGGGCCAAAUCAAUUUCAGAGAGGGCUGUCAGUGUCAAGGCCUUGACGCAAGAGAACUUCUCUAAGAGAAGGCAAGGCAAGGGCUCUUCUGCGGGCGGGCAAGUUGAAGCGGUCUCCGGAACAGCCGGCGAGACGAUGGCCCACGGGCAUGAGAACUCGUGUGCAACUCCAUCCAGUGACGGGCGGGGCGAGUCAGCGCAGAGUGGCGGCGCCCGUGUGUCAGCAGCAGCCAGCGGCGCCGACGUCGCGGGUGUAGCCAGCACCAACUGCAGGUGCAGGUGCAGCCUGGCGGCAGCGAGCGACCAUCGCGCCGGCGUCGACGGCCGGAGAAGCGCCUCAGGUUUGAAUUUGCGCGCUCCAGACCAAGCCACUGACAGCCCCAGUCUUCCACUACUCUUCCGCCAGUCGCCACCACCGAUGCAGUGCAACACCGCCGUUAUCCCCACCACCACCGCCGGCAGCCCGGACUGCAGCAGCUCCGUGUCGCCGCCGCCGCCGCGCGAGGUGGCGCCCUUCCUCAAGAGCCUGCGCCGCAUGCUGCAGGACGAGAGCGACGCCGUGCUGCGCUGGACGCCCGACGGCCGCGCCUUCGAGAUCCACGACAUGGACGAGAUGAUGGCGCGCGUGCUGCCCAAGUACUUCAAGCACUCCAAGUACACGUCCUUCCAGCGGCAGCUCAACUACUUCAACUUCCGCAAGUGGACCAAGUCCAAGGCCGUCGUCUGCACCUUCUCCAACGACUUCUUCCUGCGCGACCAGCCCGAGCUCGCCUGGCGGAUCACGCGCAAGAAGUCGCUCAGCCCGCACGCGCAGUCCAAGUACCGGGCGGCGCGCGCGGCGGCCAUGCCCUACUGGAAGCGGGAACACGGCGUCGUGCUCGCGGCGCCGUCCGUGACCUUCGACGGCGCGCAGAUGCUGCUGCCCGGCCGCCUGCCCUUCCCGCCCGUGUCCGUGGACGCCGCCGACCUCCUGCUCAAGCAGCACGACGUCCGCCUCGCGCAGCCCGCGGCUCGGCGCUGCUACGGCGGCAGCAGCAGCUUCAACAUGGCCGCGCCCUCCGACUCGUACGCCGCGAUGCCCCACGUCAGCGGCAGCGAGCACACCGAGGCACUCGACUGGAUCGACUGCCUGCUGCCGCCUACCACGGAGGACAGCUACCUGUGCAUGUACCCGCCGGCCGCCAGUGUGGUGCCCUUCACCAUGGGCAGCCCCAUGAGCUUGCGCAAGAGCUUCGAGUUCGUGCCCACCAGUCUGUAAUCGCCCCCGUGUAAGUAGCAUAGUCUGUAGCAGCCUACGCCGCCGGAAGAACGCAAUACGCCGCCCGCGUAGCAGCCACUCGAGUCUGUACGUACGACAAACAAACGCACAUUUGUAUCUACUUACGGUCUCGGCUUCCGUCGCUUGCUAGCAUGAACACCGCCGCCGCAGCCAGCGCGGGAGAAGAGAGGCUCAACCCAGUCAGUUCCACCAUCACCACGGCCAUCACGCGCACACGCUACAUCAGAUACUCAUCCAGAGCUGAGAGGCUUCUUCAGCGCUCCUCUCGAGGAGCAGUAGCCUCCGUACUCUCGGCCCUGGAUUGACGAGAGCCUUUCCUGCCCCCUGUCCAUCAUCGCCUGAGGCUGAUCGCCUCCCUCGCAAUUAGAUUUCGCCGUCGUCUGAGUCGGCAUCACCGUUGCAGACAGUCGACCACCACUGUGCAGCUGCAGCCUGCAGCGAUGGACGUGACUCGAGCUCUGGCCGCACGGCCAUUAGUGCUCGCGCUGGAGGCGAGAGGCAUCCGUCUCGCGCACGUAGGCCUUGACGAGCUCGCGGUAGCCCUGCGCCAUGUCGGCGGUGGCGCGUGUACUCUGCUCCAGAGCUCGCGCGAGCGCCAGCAGCACGCUGCGCUGUUCGGCCAAAGCCAAGGACGGCGCCUCGGUGCCGCGCUGCGUCAGCUGCUGCUCCAGCUCGCGGACCCUCGCUGUCUGCUCCUGGAACAUCAUAAUCAGGUCCUGGAAGCCGCGCGCCAUGCCCGCCGCUGCCGCUGCGCUUUGCUCCACCGAGCGCGCCAGCGAGCGACCAUAGUCCACAGACGCAGCGGCGCCGUCCUGCUCCCGGUCUUGACGACUCUCGUCCCUAUCCCCGCUGCUGUCUGCGUCUGAAUCAGCUUCGCGCUUCCGCUUCUGUGGCAACGUGUGUGUAGGUCCCGCAACCCCCGAAAACCUCGGCAGCGC